AUGAAAUUCCUUCAAUCUUUUCCGGUUAUUCUUGCUGUAUUUUCAUUUGCAGCAAAUUUAGUCAGUUCAAAACUUGUGUAUGAAUAUGAAACAAAAUACGUCACGGUAGAAAUUGUCACAAUAGUAAGUGGGGAGACUACUUAUACCACAGAACGACUUGAAACUAAUGGCCCUACAAGUACAACAACAACCAUAGUGAUUCCCAGUUCCAAACCAUCAAGUCCAGAAUCAAAACCAAAGUCGGAUUCUCAGCCAAUGUUUCAAUCACCAUCACCAGUACAAAUAACACCAAGUACCACAUCCAUCAAUAAUGCCCCCCUGCCAACUAAACCUGAAACAACAGUAACUGCAAGUCCCGCGGUUAUUGCUCACACAUCAGUAUUUGUAGUCACACCAAAUUCAGCCCCUACUACUUCAUCAUCACCACCCAAUAUUGUUCAACAGGUGAAAGCAGCAAUAACACCACUGGCACCCAAACCGCAACCGCAACCGCAACCGCAAGAAAAUAAUUCUGGAACCAAUGAUGAUAGUCAAUUAUCACUGUUUAGUCGCCAAAUUCUUGAGGCACAUAACAUAAAACGAGCAAGUCAUGGAGUGAAUCCAUUGACUUGGAGUAAUGAGUUAUACAAUUAUGCCAACAAAGUUGCCAGUAGUUAUGAUUGUUCAGGCAAUCUUCGUCAUACCAGUGGACCAUAUGGAGAAAAUUUGGCUUUGGGAUAUUCCUCAGGGGCUAAUGCUGUUAGUGCUUGGUAUUCUGAAGGAUUUAAUUUUGGCGGUGCCGGAAAGUUGAAUCAUUUUACACAAGUGGUUUGGAAAUCAACUACUCAAUUAGGAUGUGCUUAUAAAGAUUGUCGGGCAAAAGGUUGGGGGUUAUACAUUAUUUGCAAUUAUCAAAAGCCAGGUAAUAUCAUUGGACAAGAACUUGCUAAUAUUUUGCCAUUGAUUAGAUCGUGA